UACCGGUUUGAUCAGUUUUAGAUCGGUCUGCGCCCGCGCGACCGUUCCGUUCAUAUUACGAGUCGGCGCGCUAUCGCUUUUUUUAUUAUUUUGUAUCUUAAAAAUCGAUAUCUACACUUUUUUACUUAAACAUUAAAUAAAACUGUGCAAGAGUGAGAUUUUGUUGUGUUUCUGUGACAUAACCUUAAAAACAUUGGAUGUCGAUGUUUUUUUGCAGCGCAACUUUUGCAUUCGAGCCUUGUGUUGUGUUGAAGUUUUGGUACGAGUGAAAUUGGUACCGGUACUGGUCUAUGGUCGGUAUCUGAUACCAAUUAGUUCAGCGAGUCAAGUUCAUUGUCAGCGGUUUAAUCAAGAUUUGAAAACUGGUCCGUGUGUAAGCGUGCGCAGCAUGCGUGGCGUCACGUGAUCGUCAAUGGCGUCCGAGACGCGCCCCCGCUCGCCGCAAGAUGGCGCGCGAAGAAGGCGCGACUUCACCAGGUCGCCGUACGUGACGCUGGGCGCGGUACGCUACACCGUGCGCCGUGUGCCGCCGCCGCGCGCCUGCCCCUGCCGCUGCUGCUCCGAGGAGGCGGUGGCGGCGUGCCUCGGCCGCGCCAAGCCCGACCGCCGCACGCUGGAGCGCCUGCACCGGCGCCUGGGCCGCGGCGCGCGCGACGACCGGCCCUCGCGACAUCAGCGCUUGCAGGAUCUAACAAAGCGCCUGCUGCCGCGCGCGCAGCCCCCGCAGCCGCCGCCCGCUCCUCACACGCCACCCGCGCCGCCGCCGCACUCGGCGCCAGUGCUGCCGCCCGUACCGCCGCCGCGCGCGCGCCACCGCCACAGCCCGCCGCGCGGCGCCUCCGUCGACCGCUACGACGAUUUCGACGCCGACAACAUCACUCUCGUCCGCGUCGAACCACGCGCUAUUGUCGGCUCUUACGCUCAAAAAACAAUACCAUACAGGAGUGCAUCCUUCUCGCAGGGCGAUUUUGCACAGGAUAAAUAUUAUAAAGGUGAUCGUCAGCGAUCGAUUUUUGAUUUUGGAAAAAAGUCCCCCAAAACAGAUUCGGGGAAAGGCGGUACUGAACCUAGUAAUGCAGAUACGAGAAGUUUAGCCACCGAGGAGAAUGUGACAGAAGGCGGGUCAGUCGCGUCCGUCGAUUCCGCUGUCGGCUCUGACGAGGGACUAUUGGCGCACGCGUCUCCGGCGCCGCGAUCUCCGCCACCUGAAGGACCACAUAAGCAAUUCGGUGGUAGGUCCUUGACCCAUCCGUUGCCGCGACGAAUACCCCCGGUCCGUGAGGAGGGCCCGACUGAGGCCGGCGGCAGUCUGCCCGCCCUGGCCCCCCGCGUCCUACAUGAACUUCGUGAAGAAAGUGACGGUUCCCAAGCCGACAGUGCGCAGGCGCAUAGUGAAGGCACCUCUCCUAUGGAACCCGCUCAACCUUUCGCUUUCCCACCUCUCCCCGCUCCUCCCCCUAACGCGUGUGCUAACAUUGACUGUGAGUGCGGUAGCUUUCCCAGUGUUAAUGACGAUGAGACCGCGAGCGCCAUUGCGAGUUCGAUACCCGUGCCCGUGUAUGAGUGUAUAGUGAAACAGUGGUCGAAAGAGUUGCCUCCGGAGGAAGCGCAGCGCUCGGACGCUGCGUCCGACGGAUCGUUGGACCGAGACAAAGAGGACGAGACUAUUACUAGUGAACAGGUAGCGAGUUUGUUAGCGGCUGUGCAAAAUCCAUGUACUGCGGCUCCGAUCAGUGCCAGGGAACGACGUCGACCAUUGGAUAAAACAAAGAGACGAAAAGGAAUUUAUAUAACUACUGCCAGUGACGACGGUGGCGACGAGGACCCACCGUCCUCGGUGAACGGUUGCAAGCGCGAAAGUAGCGACGCCUCGCUGCAAGAGAUGCGUCUCUCGGCCGAAGCGCGUACCUCCUCGCUUCUCGGGGAUAAAUCGGACGAUUCUUGCACGAAUGGCCCGCCGAGUCCUGCGGAGAGCACCACACCCGUGUGGCCGAGGUCGGAAGAGCUACGAGCUCGACGCGCCAGGUUUUCGCAACAAAGUUCCGACGAAAGAGAGGAAGACAAUUACAGAGUGAGACGGAAGUAUGGAGUGACUUCACGCGGAGACUCUCCGUCAGAAGCAGAUAGCGAUACCUGUUCUCGCGACCGGACGGCGUCCCCAUCGCCGUUCAGUCCGUCGGAUACUUCCGAUGUGGAAGCCAAAAGACAGCAUUUGACGAGAGGGCCUUUUGGUCGCAACUUAGAAGCGCCAUCGAAUCGAUCUGCCGAAACCGGCAGAAGAAGUUUUUCGGACGCGACGGUUCCGUGCCGUAAGAUCAGCGCCGGCGCCGCGCCCACGUGUGGAAGCAGGCCACGUGGGCCCACACACGUCAGAGCAACGUCGUCGCCGUCAAAAUUGGCAGGCGUGAAGCCGGGUGCCGAUCUGUUAGCGGAGCUUCUGCGUGGCAGCUCGGAAGCGCUGUCCAACUCAUCGGCCUUCGACAACGUGAUUCUGACGCUUCAUCAACACAAUGACACGAGGACGCACGUUGUUGUCGAGCUGUAUGAAACAGAGAAGUCAUACGUGGAGGCGCUCGAGAUAUUAGUUAAGAAAUAUCUUCAUCCACUAAAGAGUCCGGAGAAUGCUGGUCUUCUGGACGCGUUUGUCGUCGACGAGAUAUUCUACCAGGUGCCGGCGAUAUUGAACGUUCACCAAGUGUUCCUUGAACAGCUGAGACGAAGACUUGAACAAUGGGACCUGCAGCAGAAAGUCGGGGAUGUCUUCUUAGAAGUGUUUACAAAACCAACAGUGAUGGACACUUACAUGUCGUUCAUCAACAACUUGAAGAAGGCAAAGGAGACGAUAAAGACGGCGGCUGCGUCUCGGCCCGCGUUCGCCAAGUUCCUGGACGCGAUGGCGCGGGAUCACAAGGGCAAGCUCUCGCUGGACAACCUCCUCAUCAAGCCUGUGCAGAAGUUCCCUAGCUACAAACUCUUGAUACAGAGGCUGAUCAAACACACAGAUCAAUCGCAUCCCGAUCACAAACUUCUGCUAGAAGCACAGAAAGAGAUCCAUGAACUUUUAGAGCUGAUAAACUGCACGGAGAGAGAGAGUCUAGAAAUGGAGCAGCAACAGCAAACGAUGCGGGAGUUGGAGCAAAUGAUCGAGGGGCUAUCGAGCCUGGUGACCGCAGACAGGACGUUCAUUAAGCACGAAAUGGUCACUAUGCCGUCCGCACAGGGGACCAUUAAAGAUAGAGCUCUCUUCCUUUUCAACGACACACUACUUAUAACCAGUGUUAAGAGGCGAACUGGGACUAUUAAGAAACCUAUUCCAACAUACCAAAGUAGUAUUGCGAGCCAAAUGGAAGGGAAUAAGUACAAACUUCUAAUGAGGAUAUCUUUGGCUGAUCUUGAAAUUGUUAAAGCCAAAGAUGAGAACGUGCGUCGCAUAAUGCAAGAAGUGGCAUCUCUGACAGAGGACGUGAGCACGUUGACGCAGAUCUCGCGGCAGGUGGCCGCGCUGCACGCGCCGCACGCGCAGCUCGCGGACCUCGUGCGGGACGCGCUGCUCGCCGCCAACCGCCAGCUCAGCGACCGCCAGGCCAGCGACACCCAACUCUGCUAUAUGGAACUCAGCGUUAAUACUCCAAAUGGACCCGAAAACUUAACUAUAAUCUUUCCCAAAACGGAGAAGCGCAGCAGUUGGGAGGAAUUGAUAAACGAGACAAAACAAAAGUUAUGUGUGUACGGGCAUGAAAGGCCCGCUCCUGAAUUCCUCUCGCCUGUUCCUAUACGCAAGACGCGAGCUGGCUUGCAGUUCACGUGCGCUGCGCCCACUUUACCACCCAAAGGACAAGCCCCGGAUGUUUGGGUUUGCAACAGCGACGGGUACGUAGGACAGGUGUGCGUGCUGACGCUGUCCCCCAAGCCGCAGGUGACGUCAUGCAAUGGCGUGUGCAACGCACGCAUUCUGUGCGUGGCGUGCGUGCCGCCCGCGCCCGCUCUCGCCAGGCAACACACGCUAGAUAUACCGAGUACCAGUUCUUUGAAUAGUACUGGAUCUACUGGGAAGCCGGGUAUCAGCAUAUCAGAUCCUGAUGACAGCUGCAAGAAUAUUCGCCUUGAUAGUUCAUCUUCAAGUGAUGACGAUGACGAGGGUUCAUCUAGCGAGAACCCUGAGGGUGAGCGCGGGGAGCGGCCGGCCCCCGUGCACUGCAAGAGCCUGAGCUCGCCGCACACGGGGCAGGCGGCGCCGGGGGGACAAGCACACAUGCAGGUGCACCCUGUCAUCAAGUCCAGCUCAAACCCUGCGGUUGAUAAGCAAGCUAUGGGCAUCACCAGCGGCACAUUAUCAUCGCCUACAAGCCGCCAGUCUUCAGAGGAUAGCAGCACAUCCGGCAACCAGCCCACCAUGUGGCUGGGGACAGAAGACGGCUGCAUCCACGUCUACAACUGCCUCGACAACAUCCGCAUCAAGAAGAACAAGAUCAAAUUGCAACACAACUCGGGCGUGCAUUCCAUUGUGUACAUGGAGGGCAAGGUAUUUGUUGCUCUUGGCAACGGCGAUCUUGUGGUCUAUUGUCGGGAUAUUGACGGGUCGUGGUGCGAGCGCGCGACGCUGGGCGUGGGCGCGGGCGGGCCGGUGAGCGGCAUGCUGCUGUCCGCGGGCCGGCUGUGGUGCGCCACGCACUCGCAUAUCAAGAUUAUCAACCCACACUCCUUGCAGGUUGACGAAACAUUCCAAAUAAGUUCAGAAUCGAAGCCGAUAAGCCACAUGGCGGUGGCGGGCGGCUCCAUCUGGCUGGCGCUGCACAACGCGGCCACGCUGCGCUGCUACCACGCCGCCACGCGCGACCACCUCGCAGAGAUCAACAUCACGCCGCAAGUCACCAAGAUGUUACAUGGUUGCGACGAGAUAAUCCGGCAGCACAAGGCGGCGUGCCUGCGCGUGACGGCGCUGCUGGCGCACCGCGACACGCUGUGGGUGGGCACCAGCGCCGGCGUGCUGCUCUCCGCGCCGCUCCACAACUCGCCCAACAAGCGCACCGGCGCCUUCACUGUGCCGCACCUCACCGGUAUUACCUACGGCCACACUGGACACGUACGAUUCCUCACCGUGGUCGAGAACCCGGCACCUCAGAAGCAACCAGCCAAGCCAACGCAGACGCUAAAAACUAAAGCAUUAAGCCGACGCUCAGCUAAUGCAGAGAAAAUGCAAAAACAGGCCGAAAACACACAAAAUAACAAAGAAACUUUAAUCAUUUCUGGAGGAGACGGUUACGAAGACUUCCGAAGUUCCACGAUGUCCGAAGACGCGGGACGAGAGGACUCGACCAAUCAUUUGCUUCUUUGGCGAGUCUGAAACGAAUCUACGGCCUACAGGGUUUCAAGCAAACGAAACGCGACCGUAUGCGUAUCGUAUUAAAGUUUAAAAUUGAUGUUAGGUGUUUUGUGACGCUCGAUAUGUCCAAGAGCCUAAUCGUUAAUUACGGAUAGAUGGCGCAUGAGAUUAUUAUGUUAGGACAUCAAAUGUCACGCCGUUUCGUCGAAAUUACGAAUAAUUAACACGCAGUAUUAUUAAAAAGGUUUCGGCUAUGCUAUAUACCUUUAGAAAUUUUAAUUAUAAUAAAAUUUUAGAGAAAAUCUUUACUAUAACUUAUCCAUAUCAUGAAUAUUUUGGAUGUCCAUAUAACUGUUUUAUUAGUGUCUGAUGUCAGAAUUAACUGAAGUUCUUUGGUUAAUUUUGAGUUACAGACUUAUUGUAAAUGUACAGAAUUUUACUAUUAGAUUUUAGAAAGAAAUAUAGAUUUAAUAACAAUGUUAACGUGAAUCGAAUAGUUAUAUAGUUUUUUAUUUGCAAUUUAAGAAGAGCACGUGUACACGUUGAUAUAGUGGGUCGAAAUAUCCUUGUAAUUGCUAUUUCACUUUUAUCAGAGAGAAUGAGUGAGAUAGAAAAGGAGUCGGCAGAAAAAUUUAAAUUUAGAAUCUGUUUUACGCUUCUAUGACACUAUUAUUAAGUUUUACCAUUUCUUUGAGGCUUAUCUAAUUGACCGCUUGUACUGUAUUCAAAUAGAUACGUUUAUAAAAUGCAUUAAUAGUGCAAUUUUAAUCAUAAAUAUAGUAAAAAUAGAUGGAAAUUUCCAGUACGAUUUUACCAAUAUCUCUAUGUCUACAUUAUAAAGAUCUUUGUGUUGUGAAGAUAGUAAAGAAUAAUAUAAAUUAAUUGCUCAAAAUGUUCUCUUCAAAUGUUACCUACAGGAGCAACUGAUUGUUAAACGCUUGGAAAACGUAGGUAUCCUGUACUUAUUGCAAAAUGAUUAAAUGAUGUCGCACUAAACAAUUCUUUUAUUUAAAACGCAAUAAAUAAUAACGAGCGUUGUGGCUCA